CCAGCGCAUUAGGGCUCUUCAGCUUCUCUCUCCCUAAUCUUCUCUCGCAAAUCUCCUUCAGGCUCGCGCGGUCUCUCUCUUUGCUAGAUCAUACAGCGAUGGAGUCAACCGAGGGCCUGAGCAAGAGAUCGCUGGACAAGCUCAGCGAUCCUGCGCCAGAGGAGGACAAAUACCACGGCAAGAGCCCCCAGCGGCAGCAGCAGCGCGGCGGCGUUCGAUCGCUCGCAAUCGCAGUGGCAGCGCCAUUCCUCCUGGGCGCCGCGAUUGGAUUCCUCUUCGGCCCGGACAAAUGGUACGCAAAUCUCCAGAAGCCCUCUUGGAAUCCACCGGGGUGGCUGUUUGGGACCGUUUGGAGCGCCAUCUAUCCCCUCAUGGGGCUGGCUUCGUGGCUUGUCUGGGCCAACGGGGGCUGGCACAAGCAGUCCUACCCUCUCACUCUCUACGUGGUUCAGUUGGGGCUUAACCUCUUGUGGAGCGCGGCCUUCUUUGGGCUCCAUAAUCCCCUGUUGGCGCUGGCGGAUAUAGUGGUGCUGGUGGUGGUGGUGCUUGCGUGCAUUGCUGCGUUUAAGCCCGUCAACCACGUCGCUGCCAAUCUCAUGCAGGUGUAUUUGGCGUGGAUCUUGUUUGCGCUUGCGCUGAAUGCGAGCAUCUGGUACAUGAAUAUGGGUGUCGGUGGUGCUGGUGUUGAUCCUGAUCAAGCACAAGUUGCAACUGGUGCUACAAACCAAGAGUAAGGAUUUGUAAUAUGAUAGUUUACACGUUACUGUCACGUAAACGUUUGUGUUAUAUAUUAUAUAUUCACUUGUCAACUUGUUCUCUUAUCUUGUAGUUA